AACUUAAAGAAAAGUUACAGCGCACACGUGGCUGACACUGAGUGGCGCGCCAUCACGGUUCGCGGAAGUCAGCUGUUAAUGCGGUGACGUCAGCAUGCUUCAUCGUUGUAGUCCGAUCGACCGGCUGUGUGUUUACAUGUAUCAACAGAGAGUGCGGGAAAGAAAGAACCUUUUUGUCUGAUAUUUACAUUAUUUCUGAUCUUCUGUACUCCAGUCUUCUGAGGGUAUUGUAGAUAACAUACUGGAACUUUGCCAAGGAGCAGCAUGGGUCGAAUCUUCCUAGAGCACAUUGGUGGCACUCGGCUAUUCUCCUGUGCCAAUUGCGACACAGUGCUGACUAACCGGAUUGAGCUGAUGUCCACUCGGUUCACGGGCUCCACGGGCCGGGCCUUCCUCUUCAAGAAGGUGGUCAACCUGUCCUUUAGCGAGGUGCAGGACCGGGUCAUGCUGACAGGCCGGCACAUCGUCCGUGAUGUUUUCUGCAAGAAUUGCGACUCUAAGCUGGGCUGGAUCUACGAGUUUGCUACGGAGGAGAGCCAGCGCUACAAGGAAGGCAAGGUCAUCCUGGAGCGGGCUCUCAUCACGGAGAGCGAGGGGAUCGAGGAGCACCUCGGCGAGGUAUGAGGGGAGGGUCAGACUCCUCGGUGUCAGUCGGAGGAUUUUGGAAGCCGAGACAGGGGAUCGGAUGUGCACCCUGCACCACCCCUACGGAGGAUUGGCAAAGGCCGUCAAAAGAAAUGACUGUCAUCUGUAGUACUGUACAUGUACCUCACACGUACUGGUACAGUCAAAGGUGUUUUGUCAACAACUGAGAUCAAGGACUGAGAGUAGUUGAAAGAACUGAUUCACAGUCAAGAACAUUGAAGAGGAAGGUAGCUGAGCUUGAUUGAGAGGACAUGUCUUACACGGGUAUGGGGCAAACUUGUCAGUGCAGCACAACAAAAUGAACACUGACGAUUAUGUCAAUAUUCUUGUUAGUCCACGAGGCUUACCAUUUGUAGUACGUAAGGUUGGUUAGGUUCCAUCAUCAAUUUGUUGGGCAAUUGUCAAUAACAAGCCAAGGGCUUUUUUUUUUCAUUCACUUGAUUACUCACUUGCAGUCACUUGGUGACCUUUCUUUGUAUCAUUGUACAAUAAUGUGACUCUGUUGACCAGAUGCUAGAUCUUGCCUGGAUGGGGAAGGGAUAAGGCUCCGUAGCCCAAACUUUUCAGGUGCCGAGUAAAUCACUAACACGCAGAGUCUUGUUAGGUUUGGUGUGGUUAAUGUUAAUCAACCCUUUAGUGACCAGUACUGAAAUAUCACAUAAUGGCUACAGCCCGCUUUGGUAAGCCUUUGGUUUCAACGAAUUCUCAAGUUGAAGGUUUGUUCGUACAGAAUUCUUGCUCGGUUAAAAUUGUCAAAGAAUUUGCCUUAUUUAGAAAAGCCUUAGCCUCAGUGGGGUCUCUGAAGUCUAAAAAAGAAACCAUAAUGAUAUGUUGGAGAUUAAAUUUAGAAAUUUGGAAGGAUUGUUGAAUCCUAGAUGUUGUGAACUGUUCAUACAUGUAGAUGUAAUCUCCCUUAUUUGGGGAGACUUACUCGAAGUGCAGUGGGCUCUCUUGUGUAGUUCAAAAUACCCACCAAAUUCAUUUAACUUCUUUUGAAAUUCAGGACGAGGUUUUUUUUUACAAUAACUGUGAACUGUUAGUCCUUUUUUCCAUGGGAAAUUCAGAUGAGUUAAAAAUAUCCUCAAAAAUGCUUAAACCUUGCACUAAGGCAUGGUUGUGUUCUUAAAUGUUUGCAGGAGAAACAAAAUGCCUGUAGGUCUUGAGGAUGGAAUGGGAAGAAAUGAUUUUUCAUGGAAUUGCCCUUGCUAGAUGAAAGACACGGGGUUUAGCUACAGUAUAAAGUAAGGACAGUUAUGCUUCAGAAGCCUCUGACAAUUGAAACAAAUUAAAACAUUUCCCCAGAGCAGACUGUCUCUGUUCAUUAUAAUGGAUAGGGGUUCAUGUAACUAUGCCUGCACUGUACACAUUUUUAGCUGAACUCUUUCAAGAGGCAUAUGUGUUGCUGGGCACUAGAAUAUGACCUAACAACAUUCAGUGCUUCCAUGGUACAUAUAAAUGCCAGAGUAGAUUCAAUUAGGAGUGGGCCUUUUUAUUUUCACCUGCCCACUUGUGCGUGUGUCAUGAAUUUCAUUAUGCAUGUAGAAUUUCAGUUGGUGUAUUGCUUUGUACACGUACAUCAAGGUAUAUGUACCAGUGCACUUGCACACCUGUACAUGCCUGGACUAAAAUGUACUUGAAAAUUUAUUUCAGUUGGGAAAAGAAUUCACAUUUUUGUCCAAGAUGCACUCUUCCUAAAAUUUCUGUCUUAAAUUUAGAACCUACUGCAGUAGUUAUAAUUGGUAGUUUCAUAAAUUAUACAUCAUAAUGGCACUUCUCUGCAUGGGUAGUCAUUUUUAUGUACUUGUAUUUAGGAAAUAAAUGGUACUGCGAGUUGUACUCUUCAGAUUCAUGUAGGUGGUAUGUGAACAUUUGGUUAUAAAUAGCAAAUAACCACAUUUGGCAGUUGCCAAUGCAGUUGACCACGUCAUGCAAGUACAUGUGUGAUUUAUGGUUUUCGGUUGAUGUUUGGUAGACAUUGGCACAUCAGAUGAAAUUAAAAGUACACUGUACAGUUCGUGAUUAACUAGACGGGGACAAAGUAUCCUUAAGUUGGAUUUCGACCACAGUGGAUGUAAAUGGUGCCUACAAUCUGAUUGAUUUUCGAGAUUUUCGUAAAGACCAUACAAAGUUUUGUUCCUUGUUUUUUCAUUAUGAGUGGUUUGUACCAAACUUUUUUAUUCAAAAUAUAAUGCUAAUAAAGUAUUUAUAGAAUUUUUGCAGAGAUAAACAGGAA